AUGGGCGCCUGCCUUGUGUCUUUGAUGGCGCAGCGCAACGCGGCGCAAAUGACGUCCGACCCGCGCGCCGAGGAGUUCGAGCGCCGGCGCGCCAAGUGCGGCGGCAGUUUUGUGCAACGCGUCCCCAACACGGAAAGCGAGCGUGCCUCGGCCAUCUACCGCAUAGGCGGCGUGUCCGCCGAGGAGCACCAGUCUAUCCUUAAGGCGGCAGCCACGCGGCCCACGUUCUACUCCUCCAUGAUGCGCUGCUGCGCCGAGCGUCCAGACCAGCGCGCGCUUGCCUACCGCCUGGUAAAGUGCGUUACACAGGAGCCGGUGCCGUCGCCAAGCGGUAGCAAUAAAGGGCCGGCAGGGAAGGAGCGGAUGAUGAGUAUUACGCACUUCGAGGAGCCCGUGUACAUGACCUACGCACAGGUGGAACAGCGCAUACAAAACUUCGGCGCCGGUCUUGCCGCCCUCGGCGUCACCACCAACGCCAACGUCUCCAUCUACCUCGAUACGUGUGUUGAGUGGCUCAUUGGUGCCUACGGCAUCUGGUCCCGCAGCGCCGUCGCCGCCACCGUCUACGCAAACCUCGGAGAGGCGGCCUUGGCCCACGCACUGCACGAGACGGAGAGCCAGGCGAUCCUGUGCGGGUCGGUGAAUGUGGCAAAUGUGCUGAAGCUGAUGAAGAACGGCGUCAUGCCGCAGGUACCGAUCAUCCACGUCGGCUCCCUGCCCGGCUCGCUCGACACCCACGGGGUGCAGUUGGUGAGCUUCGAACAGGUGGAGGCGCUCGGCGCGGCACACCUCGAGAGCGGCGCGGCGAAGGGCUCGGGUCCUCUAAAUGACGACGACCUGGCGCUGAUCAUGUACACAAGCGGCACGACUGGUGACCCGAAGGGGGUCAUGCACACGCACCGCACGCUGACCGCUGGCCUGCACACUCUCGAGCCGCGCAUGCUGGACCUCGUCGGCGAGUUGCAGCCGGAUGAGGUAUACCUCUCCUACCUGCCCAUGGCACACAUCAUGGAGUUCACCAUCACAAACAUGUUCAUCUUCCGUGGCUCGCUCAUCUGCUACGGCACCCCGCGCACGCUGACAGACACCACCGCACGGCCGCACGGCGACCUGCUCACCUUCAACCCGUCCCUGCUCGCUGGUGUGCCGCGUAUCUUCGACACCAUCAAGAAGGCCGUGGAGGCGAAGCUGCCGCCGGUGGGCACGCUCAAGCGAGAGGUGUUCGACCACGCCUACCAAAGCCGGCUGGCGGCACUGAAGGCGGGCAAGGACACGCCGUACUGGAACGAGAAGGUGUUCAAGCUGCCGCGCGCCUUGCUCGGCAGCCGCCUGCGGAUCAUGCUUAGUGGCGGUGGUCCGCUGUCGACCGCGACGCAGGAGUUCAUAAACGUGGUCUUUGGUCGCGUGGUGAUUGGCUACGGCCUGACAGAGUCUGUGUGCGUCGGUGCGAUUCAGAUCGCCGGUGACUUGGAAACGAACGUGACGGGCUUGAUGGAGCCCGGCCAGGAGAUUAAGCUGCUCGACAUCGAGGAGUACAAGCACACAGACACGCCAGAGCCGCGCGGCGAGAUCUGCCUGCGCGGCCCGUUCCUGUUCAAGGGUUACUAUAAACAACCCGAGCUCACGCGUGAGGUGCUGGACGCGGAUGGCUGGUUCCACACCGGCGACGUUGGCAGCUUCACCGUCGAUGGCAAGCUGCGCAUAGUGGGCCGCAUCAAGGCGCUGGCGAAGAACUGCCUCGGCGAGUACAUCGCACUGGAGGCGCUGGAGGCGGUCUACUCUGGCAACGAGCUGCUGCAGCCGAACGGCGUGUGUGUGCUGGUGCACCCCGACAAGCCGUACAUCACGGCACUGGCGCUGACGGACGAGGCGCGUGCGAAGAGCUUUGCGGCGAAGCACGGUAUCGAGGGCGAGUACCCAGACCUGCUGAAGGACCACCGCUUCCAGCAGGCGGCUGCGAUAUCGAUGGCCGAUACUGCUCGCGCCUCGAACCGCGCGUCCUUUGAGUGCGUGAAGCGAGUGCGCGUGAUG